AUGACCCCUUUUGAAGGUCUCUCUCUCUCUCUCUCUCUCUCUCAGUACCGUCCCUCAUAUGUGACUCCUCAGCAGUAUCAGGUGGCCGGUUCUCCUGGUUUCUAUCCCGGAACAAGUCCAGCUGAUUACGCUGGGGCGUAUUACCCCGCCCAGCCCCAGUUCACGCCCCCCGUUGCCCCGGCGCCCGUCAUCAUUAACCCCGCCCCCCAGCAGCAACAGGCCCCACCCCCUCAACAGCAGCAAGCUCCGCCCAGACGGGAACGCAAGCAGAUCAGGAUCAGAGACCCUAAUCAGGGAGGACGUGACAUCACAGAAGAGAUCAUGUCAGGAGGUCGCAGUGGCUCCACUCCCACGCCUCCACAGCCCAACGGUGACAAUGCCACACCUGCAGUCGCCAUGACAACCAGAGUGGAGUUUCCCAUCCCUCCAGGCGAAAGCCCGAUACCUGAUGCCCUGCCGACUCCGCCCCCUACCAGUCCGAUAAGCGAUACGGUAGAUGCUCCGCCCUCAGCGCCUGCAGACGACACCCACACAACGCCCACUGUAGUGGAACCGCCCGCCUCGAACGGUGCUGAAGCCACACCCACUACAAGCAAAGAGGAGGGGCCUGUGACUGUAACGCUGCUUGUCGCUGCCCCCCAGGCAGAGCCUUCGCUGGAAUCACCAAUAGUGCAGCCCGAAGAGCUCCAGCUGUUCAACGGCGUCCCAGCAGGCUCCGCCCACAGAGACGUCAGUCCUAUCGCCGAGCCGGACGUCGCGAAAGAAGCGCUGCCGUAUACCGCCGAUAUUUCUGAUAGGACUGUCAAAGAAAUCCCUCCUCAGGUUGUCAAGGAGACUCCCGUUGCAGUUAAGGAAGUGCCAGCUCCUGUUGUCAAGGAGCCUACUCCUCCGGUUGUCAAGGAGACCCCCGCUCCUGUCGUCAAAGAGACGGCUGCUCCUGUUGUCAAGGAGACCCCCACUCCUGUUGUCGAGGAGACGGCUGCUCCUGUUGUCAAGGAGACGGCUGCUCCUGUUGUCAAGGAGACGGCUGCUCCUGUCGUCAAGGAGACCCCCGCUCCUGUCGUCAAGGAGACGGCUGCUCCUGUCGUCAAGGAGACCCCCGCUCCUGUCAUCAAGGAGACGGCUGCUCCUGUCGUCAAGGAAACCCCCGCUCCUGUCGUCAAGGAGACGGCUGCUCCUGUCGUCAAGGAGACCCCCGCUCCUGUCGUCAAGGAGACGGCUGCUCCUGUCGUCAAGGAGACUCCCGCUCCUGUCGUCAAGGAGAUGGCUGCUCCUGUUGUCAAGGAGAAACCCACUCCUGUUGUGAAGGAGACGGCUGCUCCUGUUGCCAAGGAGACCCCUGCUCCUGUCGUCAAGGCGACUGUCCCUGUGGUUGCCAAGGAAACACCUACACCUGUUGAUGCGGAAACCCAUCCGCAGGUCACCCAGGAGGCUGUUGUCAAGGAAAUGCAUGGUGUCAAGGAGACCCCUGUCGAAACUCCUCCUGUCGUCGAGGAAACACCUUCACUCGCUGCCAAGGAAACCCCCGAACCACUUUUCAAGGAAGCCACUGCCCCUUCAGAGGUCAUUUCUAAAGCCACGCCUCCUCCGAUGGAAGGGCAUGAGGACACGCCCACUACACAGACCACUCCCUCUGAGAGUUCUAUGCAAGUGGUUUCUGUGCCAAAGAAAAAGAGAAAAAUUAAAGACCUGAACAAGAAGGAGGCGGGAGAUCUGCUUGAUGCCUUUAAAGAGCCCACACCCCCUGAGCCAGAGGCCACACCCCCAGUGAAGGCGGAGCCAGAGAGCCCCGCCCCCGUGGUCCCGCCCCCGGCAGAGGACGUGGAUGAGACGUGGGAGGAGAAAGAAGAUAAACUUGAUGCUGAAAACAUCAAACCGCAGAGUCCCACCCCGAGUUCACCCACCGAACAGAUAUACCAGUAUAAAGAAGAACAAUGGAAACCGCUGAGCCCCGAGGAGAAGAAGAAAUACGACCGAGAGUUUCUGCUCGGCUUCCAGUUCAUCAGCGCCAGCAUGCACAAACCUGAGGGUCUGCCGCAGAUCUCAGACGUGGUGCUGGAUAAGGCCAAUAAAACUCCUCUGCGGCAGCUGGAUCCGAGUCGUUUGCCCGGAAUGAACUGUGGUCCAGAUUUCACGCCUUCGUUUGCUAAUCUUGGCCGUCCGUCAGCCGGGGGGCGUGGCCCGCCGUCUGGUCUGAGCGGUCCUCGUCGUUCAGGUCAGGGUCAGCGCGGGAAGGAGCCGCGGAAGAUCAUCGCGAGUGUUUCCCUCACCGAAGACGUGCAGCUGAAUAAAGCGGAGAAGGCCUGGAAACCGAUGGUGAAGCGCAGCGGGCGUGCCGACGAGGACGAGCCCGAGCCCGACUUCCUGACGACGCAGGAGCUGUUCAAACGCGUGCGGAGCGUGCUGAACAAACUAACGCCGCAGAUGUUCCAGCCGCUGAUGAAGCAGGUGACCGAGCUCACCAUCGACACAGAGGAGCGUCUGAAGGGAGUCAUCGACCUCAUCUUCGAGAAGGCCAUCUCUGAGCCCAACUUCUCCGUCGCCUACGCCAACAUGUGCCGCUGCCUGAUGGGGGUGAGAAUUCACUUCCUGUCUCUGCCCCUUCAGGAAGAGGAGAAGCAGAGGUUGAAGGAGGAGCUCGAGGACGCCAAAGACAAAGCCCGGCGACGGUCGCUAGGCAACAUCAAGUUCAUCGGGGAGCUGUUCAAGCUGAAGAUGCUGACGGAGACCAUCAUGCACGACUGCAUCGUAAAGCUGCUGAAGAACCACGACGAGGAGAGUCUGGAGUGUCUCUGCCGCCUGCUCUCCACCAUCGGGAAAGACCUGGACUUCGAGAAGGCCAAGACACCAGUGUUUCCCACAGACUUAAUGAGCUCUUGUUCUCGCGGCGUCCCUCAGAAUAACUGGGUCCCGCGGCGAGGAGAUCUGGGGCCGAAGACCAUCGAGCAGAUCCACAAGGAAGCAGAGCUGGAGGAGCACCGAGAGCAGGUCAAAGUUCAGCAGCAACUCCUGUCCAAGAAGGACAGCCGCAGUGCAGGAGCUGGAGGAGGAGGAGGAGGAGGAGGGAUGGGGCCCCGUGGAGGCCCCCACACACCCGGUUCCCGUGGCAACCAGGCCCCUGAUGACGGCUGGAACACGGUGCCCAUUUCCACCAAGAACAGACCCAUCGACCCCACGCGCCUCAGCAAGAUCACCAAGCCGGGCGCUUUGGACUUCAAUAAUCAGCUUCUUGCCCCUGGAGGUAAAGGCUCGUGGGGCAGUUGGGGCAAAGGCAGCAGCGGAGGCUCAGGAGCCAAACCCAGCGACAGCGCCCAGGAUUCUGGUCGUACCAGCACUUUGAAUCGAUUUUCAGCACUUCAGCAGCCUUCCUCCUCCUCUUCAUCAUCAUCCACCAACAUCGACUCUGACAGGAGGGCUCCUCACAGGAGUAGCUCCAGUCGGGAACGCAGCGAUCGUUUCGAGCGGAUGGACCGGAACCGUCCCGCGGUCGGCAAGCGCAGCUUCAGCCGGGAAAAGGAGAGGAGUCGAGAUCGAGAGCAGCGUCCCGCUGAGAUGCUGCGGCGCGUUUCCAGCAUGACAGACGAGAGAGAACGAGAGCGCAGCAACGCAGUGAAGAGAGAAACUGUUCCCACUCCUCCACCUGCUUCAUCCAAACCGGAGCUGACGGAGGACGAGCUGGAGAAGAAGUCCACUGCCAUCAUCGAGGAGUAUCUGCACAUCAAUGACAUGAAGGAAGCGUUGCAGUGCGUCAGUGAGCUGAGCUGCUCGUCUCUGCUGUCUGUGUUCGUUCGGACGGGAAUCGAGUCGACGCUGGAGCGCAGCACCAUUGCUAGAGAACACAUGGGUUUACUGUUUCACCAGCUUGUCAAAACACAAACACUAUCCACACAUCAAUACUACAAAGGGCUGCUGGAGGUGCUGGAGGUUGCGGAGGACAUGGCGAUAGAUAUUCCUCACAUCUGGCUGUAUCUGGCUGAGCUCAUCAGUCCCAUGCUGCACGAGGGAGGGAUUCCCAUGGGGCCGCUCUUCAGGGAGGUGUCUAAACCACUGGUGCCUCUUGGGAAGGCUGGAGUUCUGCUGGUGGAGAUCCUCAAGCUGCUCUGUAAAGCAAUGAGUCUUAAGAAGGUGGGAGUGAUGUGGAGAGACGCGGCGCUGAGCUGGAAAGACUUCCUCCCCGAAGACGAGGACGUCAAUAAAUUUGUCACUGAAGAGGGAGUGGAGUUCACUCUGGGUGAGGAGUGUGUGAGGAAGAGCAGUAAAGGGACUCUGAGUCCAGAAGACAUUUCUAGAGAGAUGGAGCGACUCCUGCAGGAGAAAGCAGACAACCAGAGGAUCUUUGACUGGGUGGAGGCCAGUCUAGACGAGCAGCAAACAUCAUCGAGCACGUUUGUCCGAGCGCUGAUGACCACCGUCUGUCAGUGUGCCAUCAUCUGUGAGAAUCCAUAUAAAGUAGACACUAAAGAAAUUACCCAGAGGGCCAAGCUGCUGCAGCGCUACAUUAAAGACGAGCAGAAGGAGCUGCAGGCGCUCUACGCCUUACAGAGUCUGAUGGUGCAGAUGGAGCAGCCGCCGAAUCUGCUGCGCAUGUUCUUCGAUGUCUUAUACGAUGAGGACGUCAUCAAAGAGGAGGGCUUUUACCGGUGGGAGUCCAGCAAAGACCCCACCGAGCAGCAAGGCAAGGGCGUGGCCCUCAAAUCCGUCACCGCCUUCUUCACCUGGCUGCGCGAGGCCGAGGACGAAUCAGACAACAGCUAGAGCUUAGGCCACGCCCACUACCGAGAUGAUUGACAUGGAGGGCAAAAAAAAUAUUUUGAAGAAAGAAAAAAAAAAAAAAAAAGAGACAGAGAGAAUGAAACAUUUGGAAGAUUUUCAACACCUUUUUACUUUCUGUUUUGUCUUUCCAUUUGCGCAAAAAAAAAAAAAAAAAAAAAAAAAUUGUUUACCU